CAUUAAUUAGGACCAUUUGACCUUCAACUUGGGCAUAACGAGUCGCGCGGCAGACAGUAUGGCUUCUCCCACGAAUGGCACCGGCCAUGCAAACCAAGCGGCGCAACCGCUCGACGUUCUGGUCGUUGGAGCGGGGAUUGGAGGAUUGAGCGCAGCAAUCUUUCUCAGACAACAGGGCCAUCAUGUCACUCUCCUAGAACAAUCAAGAUUCGCCAACGAGCUAGGAGCCGCGGUACAUAUGGCACCAAACGCAACUGGACUGCUUUUGAGAAUGGGUAUCAAUCUCGAAGAUCUGGGCGCUGUUCCUUGCAGGAUCCUUUCUCAGUCUCUGCCGAACGGGAAACAAUUGUUCGAAGCUCCGUUGUGGAGGUCGGCGGGUAGGUGGCAGCAUCAAUGGAUGUUGGCGCACCGAGUGGAUCUACACAAGGAGUUGAAGAAACUAGCAAUCGCAGAAGAUGGACCUGGAAAACCCGCUGUCCUUCGAACCUCCAGUCGAGUGGCAAGUGUUGGCACAGACGGCAGCGUUAAUUUGGAAUCUGGUGAACAGCUGAAAGCCGACCUUGUCAUCGGCGCUGAUGGCGUACACUCUAAAGCUCGUUAUGCGUUACCGGGCUCACAAGGUUUCAAGCCCGCCGGAGAUGGGAAGAGCGCGUUCCGAUUCACAAUGCCUCGCUCGCGCGCACUCGAAGACCCGCUCACGAAGCCGCUUGCCGAGAAAGAAGGACACCUGAACAUGUACAUGGGAAAGGACCGACGUGUUGUCAUCUACCCGACAAGACACCACGAACUUUUGAACUUUGUCUGUAUACAUCCGACAUCUGAGUCCGAGCAGAAGGACGAAAAAGCAGACGGAUGGCAGACCGAUGCAAACUUGCAAAAGAUGUUGGACGUGUACAGAGGCUGGGAUCCAGCUGUCUUGAAGAUUCUGAGCAUGGCUGAUGAGGAUACGUUGAAGGUGUGGGAACUACUCGAUAUGGGCCAAUUACCGACUUGGACGGAAGGACAGCUUGCACUCAUUGGAGACGCAGCGCAUCCCUUCACGCCCCACCAAGGCCAAGGUGCAGCACAGGCUAUCGAGGAUGCCGCCUCCUUAGCAUGUGUCCUUCCCCUGGGUGUAGCACUGGCUGAAAUACCAGAAAGGCUUAAGCUCUACGAACAGUGCCGCAUGAAACGCGCCACCAACAUCCAGGAGUAUUCUCGUCAAUCGGGUGCGGAUUUAGGCUCUGGGCCUCCUCUCGACCCGGGCCGCUUCACAGACGAGAACUUUGGUCACGACGAGUGGCAUUUCACAAGCCAGAAACUGCGCGAGUGGGAAUGGAGCCGUAAGCCCACCGCAUACCGAAGAAUGCCUACAGUGUUUGGUCCUUUCCCCGGCCCACGACAGGAUCAUUUCGGCAACAGCAGAGACUGGACCAACUCGACUUUUACUACUGCUAGCAUCAAGUUCAAGACUUCACGUACGCUUUUGGAGAACCUACUUCCUGCCGGGUUCAAGUUCGCCUCUCCCAACUCAAAUUGCUUCGCCACAUUUUCCUUAUCCGUUCUUGGUAACCUCGAGUGGCUGGGUGGCAACGGCUACAACCACUUCGGUCUAUACAUCCACGGCGUAGAAUAUACGAAGGAAAAUGGUGACAAAGUUGUGGGAACCUACCUUCCGGUGCUGUUCGAGAAUCUCGCAGAUCCUAUCAUCAGCGGACGGGAAGAGCUCGGCAUGCCGAAAGUGUUCGCCUCGCUUGACGUUGCCGGAGAAGAAAGCGCCUUCAAGCUGAAAGCUGGCUGGAUGGGAAACACUUUCUUGGAUCUUUCCAUUACCGGUCUUGUUACGAAACCAGAACCGAACGGAGUGCAUGCUUCUGGUCCCCCUCCGGGCGCUGGUCCUCCUCCCGGCCACGGCCCUCCACCUCCGCCAAAGGAAGAGGGAUUAUUCUUCCACAAGUUCAUCCCCACGACUGCUUCCGAGGGCAGCAAAGAACGAGGACAGGCUGACGUUGAAUACGUGGGAUUUCUUCCUAACGACGAGGAAGUAAAGGCACCUAGGCAAGUCCAGAGUACACUUGUCGCAGAUAAAGCGGAGAUCAAGUUCGACUCGUUGGACUGGAAGAGGCUACCGACUCUGCAUCAUAUCGUUGAUCGAUUGGCGGAGAUACCCAUCUACGAGGUUGUAGAGGCCAAGGUAGUGGAAGGCCUGGGUGGUAGCGACGUCAAGGGUGCAAGGAGGCUUGUCUAA